UGAGAACUGUGUCCGAUGAGACUGUGUCCGAUGAGACUGUGUCUGUGAGACAUACAUCUUCCAAUUGUUUCUUGAUGUCAGCGGUACCUGAUCUACAGCCGCUCAGAUCGAAACGAAGUCUCCAGCGACCUGGGUCAGGUACGGAUGGCUCCGCGAAACAUUACGAUACACUGCCACCCGCGAUGUCCUUCACGUCCACUGUGCAACUGUGCAAUUCCGCCGUAAGACACUGACGGAACUUCAGCAGAAGAUGUAGUGGAUGAAUGUAAUGACAAUGUGCGUAUAAGAAAGCACUUCUCUCGCGCACUGUAGAUCACAUCAUCAUCAACCACUCAUCUCAAUCAUCUAGCUUGCAGUAUAUUCUUCAAAUUCUAAAUACUUUCAUUCCAACCUAAUCGUUAGCCAUCGCCUAUCAUCCAAUAUGCUUUUCGCUACCAGCUUCAUUCUCGGCCUUGCCAGCCUCGCCGCCGCCGCCCCCAACGCUGAGAGCUUCAUCUCCAAGCGUGAUGUCUUCGACAAAUGCUCCGUCUUCGGCGACAACUGUGCCUCUCAGGACCAGUCCUUCUGCGAUUCCUCUCGAGGCAAGGUCUCCAUCUGCCACAAGAUGGGCCAGGACUGCUGGAUCCGAUUCACCCAGGAGUCCUGCUCCGCCAAGCGCGAGGCUGAGCUCGUGGAGAAGCGCGAUGAGUUCAACAAGUGCGCUACCUUCGGUUCGAACUGCAAUACCGACGGGCAGGAGUUCUGCCAGGAUGGCAAGACCAGAAUCUGCCAUCAAGUCCCAUUCAGCAAUGGCGAGUGCUGGGUCAGGCUCACACAGGAGCCUUGCGCCGCGAAGCGUGAGGCUGAUGUUGAGGCCAUCGCCGUCGAGAAGCGCGACGAGUUCAACAAGUGCGCCACAUUUGGGUCCAAGUGCUCGUCUGAUGGCAAUACCUUCUGCGACGGCGGCAUUCAGAAGGUCUGCCACCAGGUUGGCUUUGGAAGUGGUGAAUGCUGGAUUCGCAAUACUGCCACGAAGUGCUAGAUGCGCAACACUGCCAACAUGUGCUAGAUGCACCGUCAUCGUAGCAUGGGGAGCACCCCAACAUUGCUUCGUACAAUGUAAAUAUUUUCUUUGAAUGGAAUAAAUGGCUUCAGGUGCCUUUGAUAGGGAUCGGGCGCGACGUUCCUUUGGUAUAUAAGAUCACGACUUUGGACGCAUACAUACUUGUCUGUUUCAUAUCUCU